AUGGCUUCGGCACGUCGAAGUGCAGAAGAGUGUCAUCAUAACUACAAAUGUGACUCCGCUCGUGCUGGAGGACCGUACUGUUUAUCGGUACAGUGUGCGCAUUGUCGCGAGCUCCGGCAGGGAGCACUAAAGCGGUGCUGCGGAAAGCAAAAGCCGUUAUGUGACGAUCCUGAGCGAGCACGUAUAAUGGCUUCGGCACGUCGAAGUGUAGAAGAGUGUCAUCAUAACUACAAAUGUGACUCCGCUCGUGCUGGAGGACCGCACUGUUUAUCAGUACAGUGUGCGCAUUGUCGCGAGCUCCGGCAGGGAGCACUAAAGCGGUGCUGCGGAAAGCAAAAGUGA